UGAGGGGCGGCCGCCGCCAUGGCCCGGCCCGUGACGUCACGAGGCGGUGCAGGAAGCGCUUGCGGCGCUGUGACGUAAUUCCGUGUCCGCUCCUGCCCCUUCCUUUCCGCCCGGCCGCGCGCGAGGUGUUUCUGCUUAGUGCCUCUGCAGGGACCAGGAGGAGAUGCAGAACGACGCCGGCGAGUUCGUGGACCUUUAUGUCCCUCGGAAAUGCUCUGCUAGCAACCGAAUCAUUGGUGCUAAGGAUCAUGCUUCCAUUCAGAUAAACAUUUCUGAGGUGGACAAGGUGACAGGCAGAGUGAAUGGACAGUUCAAGACUUACGCCAUCUGUGGCCCCAUCCGGAGAAUGGGUGAAUCAGAUGACUCCAUUUUGCGUCUGGCGAAAAAUGAUGGAAUUGUUUCCAAGAACUUUUAACUGAAGAAACGCCAGUGUGGAACAUGUGAAAUAAACAGUUCAAAACUA